AUGCCAGCAAAGAAUCAGGCUGCUGCAAACCGGACAUCGCCUCGCGGAGGUAAACGGAGAGCACAAGAACAGACUAAUGGUUACGGAAGCAGCGCUGAUGAGUCACGUAAAUACGUUGCUUAUCUAAGGGAGAGGCCAUAUGAUUCAGAUCCCUUUGAGGACUUUGACUUUUCGAGAGAGGAGGCAUAUUUUAGAGAGCUAAUCGGAGAGGAAGAUUCGUUGUCUAGUCAAACUCCUACGAUCGCCGAAUUACCCGAAUUACCGCACGGGGACACUUUUUUGUCUAAUGGAGAUAACGAAUCCGUAUUACUAUCACGAGAUAUUACUCCCGAGCCAACGCAGCAAUUGAGUGAUAAAAACAAACAGCAGCGUGCGGGAGAAUUGCUAUUUGCUGCCGGUGGAUGGUUGACGAUUCCUCCGGCUUAUUUACUCUCUGCAAUUGGUUUCUGUCUGUUUGCAUCGAGAUGGUUCGCUGAAAAAACGUAUGAAUUCAUACUGAACAAUAUAACAGCCAUACCAGAGCAAUCAACAUCAACAGCCUUGGUACCAUCAACAGCCUUGGUACCGACAACAUCACCAUCGACAACACUAGUAGAAACAACAGAGAUAAGUUUACAAAAAGAUGCCCCCCGAAACAGUUACAGAUUUGGUCUCAUACUGUUAGCAAUACUGGGAGUACUUCUUGCUAUGUCCUAUUUACCGUUCAAAAAUAAAGAAAUGAGUAUAGGAGAUUUUAUGCGUUCUAUUCCAUUUAAACCACACUUCUGGUCGGACAAUUCAGAACGCAAGUUUGUCAUUCCAGUUACUCUAAAUGGUAGCGAUGGUGAGACUGCGCUUGAUGGUGCUGUCGAUCCCAGCCAACGGGAAGACCUCGUCCUUACAUACGACGAUCUGCGACUAUUUAUUGCCGAUGAAGUAAGAACAUCUUGUAUGAACGGUGAUAAUUCAGCCAAGACGAUCGGCCAAUCGGUUGAUCCCCGUACCGCUGAAUUACGUGGAAUUAUAUCAGAUGAAGUAAAGUCAUUCUGUACAAGCGAAGUCAAGGACAGAGUGAAGAAUGAAGUCAAAGCGGAAGUCAAGGAAGUCGUUGAAAAAGAGAUAACGCAAGCCAAGAAACUUCGAGCUACUUACAAGGGAACUGAUUUGGUCGACAUAAUAAGACAAGAAUCACAGAAAGUCAUUGAAGAGGCACUGCUGGUAUUCUCACAGGAUAAACUGAAUAGACCUGAUUUUGCGUUGCAUUCUGCUGGAGCUAAAGUAAUUAGCAGAAUCACAAGUAAGACAUAUGAAGUAUGGCCCGAGAAGUGGUUUGCAAAGUUGUUUGCUUACAUGUCAGGGCAGGGCAUACUUAGAGGUAAACCACCAGUAACAGCACUAUCACCAGACACGAACGUUGGUCAAUGCUGGCCGUUCCCAGGGCGAGAGGGUCAGCUAGCAGUCCUGCUAAGCAGAAAAGUAUAUGUCACUGCUGUUACGUAUGAUCACGUGAGUAAACAUAUUGGAGUUGAUGUAACGAGUGCGCCCAGAGACUUUGAAGUAUGGGGGAUAGUUAAUGAUGGGAAAUACGGAAGAGAUGAGCGAGUACCGGAUGAAGAUGAUGAAGAAGAAGACAUAUUUAUGGAGUCAAAGGACGACGAGUGCGGCGUGCGUGAAGAUGGAGAGUAUGUUCCUUAUAAAAGUGCAAGUAUUAAUGCAGCUACAAAUGCCGAACCUACUAAAUGGAGUGAUCUUGAUCCUACCAUUGAGAAUCUUGCCUCUAGUGAAUUACGUUUGGGUACAUCUACAUUGCAUCUGUUUUUGGGUCGAUACACAUAUGAUAUUAAUGGAAAUCCCGUACAGACAUUCGAAGUACCCGAGAGCAUUAAGCAACGCAAUAAGCCGGUCACUGCUGUCGUUAUGAAAGUGCUUAACAAUUGGAGCAAGGAUACGUUCACUUGUUUGUACAGAUUUCGCGUUCAUGGCGAUCCUGUGGAUAAGAACGAGAUCUGA